GUCGCCUGUUGGCAGUUGAUCGGUGUUUAUCAACGUUGACAGGCAGUUGAAGUUUGGAGGUUAGGGAUACCAUCUUUACUUUAUUUUUCACGAGAAAACGUGUGCGUUUACGUAGACAACCAAGAACUACCUAGUUCUAAACAUGACUCGCGGAACGAAGAAGGUCGGAAUCACCGGUAAAUAUGGUACUCGAUAUGGUGCCAGUUUACGUAAGCAGGUCAAGAAAAUUGAAAUUACCCAACACUCCAAAUACACAUGUUCUUUCUGUGGAAAGCAAAGUAUGCGAAGAUCGUGUGUAGGAAUCUGGUCAUGUGACAGGUGUCGAAGAACGGUUGCUGGUGGAGCUUAUGUUUAUGCCACAACUGCCGCUACGUCUGUGAGAUCAGCCAUCAGACGUCUCAGAGAAAUCCAUAAUGUAUAAGUUAACCAAUUGACCUGUUUUCAAUAAAAGAAAGAAAAUCCACACAACUAA